GGAAAUAUGGGAUUGAGGUUAUUCACUAUGGCGGACAACUGAGAGAUUUGUUACUUGUGUAACGCAGUUGAGCUGCAAAUUUCCUUUCAUUUAAAAUUUAAAGAACAAGAUCAUUUAAAGGAGGUUGCAUAAUCAAGAAACAUGACUACAGCUGCUCGUCCUACAUGGGAAACAGCAAGAGGUGGCAGGGGCAAGGGUGAAGGUGAUUUAGGUGCCCUCUCAAAGCAGUAUUCUAGCCGAGACUUGCCCAGUCAUACAAAGCUUAAGUACAGACAAGAGGGUCAGGGAACAGUUGAGGAGGUUCGAAGUCGUGAUUUCCGCCGUGAACUUGAGGAUCGAGAGCGAUCCGUUCGUGAGAAGCGAGACAAGCACAGAGGGGAUUCUUCCAGCAGCAGUGGAAACAGUAGCACUAGCACUAAGCGUCCUCGCCUAGAACAGAUUCCAGCAGCCAACCUUGAUGCCGACGACCCACAAGAUGAAGACGAAGAUGAAGACAACACAGAUGAUGAAGAUGACACUGCUGAGCUACUGGCAGAGCUACAGAAGAUCAAGAAAGAACGCACUGCAGAGAAAGCACGGAUGGAGGCAGAAAGGAAAGCUGAAGAGGAACGCAUCCGCACAGAGAACAUACUUAAGGGCAACCCACUGUUAGGAAAUCGAGUUCAGGCACAGGACAAGACAGAUUUUAAGGUGAAAAGAAGGUGGGAUGAUGAUGUCGUGUUUAAAAACUGUGCCAAAGGAGAAGAAGACAGGCGGUCCCGGGGGUUCAUCAAUGACACGCUUCGCUCAGAAUUUCAUAAAAAGUUUAUGGAAAAAUAUGUCAAGUAGAAUCCACUUUAUCCUGUUGGUUUUGGGCACAACUGGUGUCAAGAGUUGUCUGACUGUGGCAUAAAACUGAAAACAGGAUUGUUGCAUCAGGAAAUCUGGGUUUUUCACUGCAAUCAUACGUUUUUGUGUUGUUUGCAAAGACCUACAGCAAAGAAGAAAGAUUGAUAGAAUAUUGAUAUGUGAAUGUGCAUUUGGGAAGAAUCUAUUGUGGUAAAAAGCUUGUAUGAAUGGGGUCAUUCAAGCGUAGCAUUAUCAUUUGGUCGACAGAUCCUGGCUUUUCCCUAGUGUUUGAGCAUGUUUUAAUAGGUUGGGUUUUUUUUUUUCAAGUGGAUUGCAUGUUUCAAAAUAAGAAAUGUAUGUGUGCGUAGGUGCGUGCUUGCAUGUGGAAAAGCUGAUACAACUCUAAAAGCUGAAGAUAAAAUAUAAUUUUGUUUCACUG